CAAGAUGGCGUAGCAGUCACAUGUCCUUUGUCCUCGUCUUGUCCCGUGUAUAUAUAUUUUAUAUAUUUUUCUUCGCAUAUCUUUUUAUAUAUAUAUUCUUUUCUUCUUAAAAACUCAACUUCAAAACACUCUCCUGCAACCCACCUCACCAAAUGUGGUGCGGAUCUGUUUUUUUUUCUUCCUCAAAAGUAUUAUUCACCUCGUAUCCGAAAUCUACAACAGAAGCUAACCAGAAGUUAGCCAGCUCACAAGCUAACGUUAGUAGUUCAGCUAACCACAGCUAGCGCUCAUCAGCUAUCCUUUAGCUCGGAAAACUAUUGCCAGUUUUGUACAACGCGACUCAGACCAGAGCAUACCAGAACAAUUUUCUCUCUAUAUCCCCGGAUUUUUACCUCAAGCUCUUUUACACCUGGAUCUUGCAGCUAACUAGCUGCUAUCCGAGUGACUAUCGGCUAACAUCAAUUCCGAAGCAAACACCAAUUAUCCCGGAGCUAGCCAGCUGAAGAGUUCCAUCAGCCACUCCUGGGCUACAAUCACCUAUCCGGACCCGUUUUACUGCCGAUGCGGAGCCCCACCGGGCCUUCACGACUGGGAUACCGACGUUAUCUGCCCGAGGGAGUAUUUCAACUGGCCCCUCCAUCGCAACGUAACCUGAACGUCCAUAUACUAACUGCGGCCCGCUAAUCGUUAGCUGUCCUGAGCAUAUCGGCUGCUAUCUGAACAGGUCUAUCGAACAAUCUCCUUAGGCCACUAUAACUAUUUUGACAAUUGGAUUGGUCCCCUCUACCACACGGAACCCCACUAAUCUUACCGACGGAAUUGCACGGCGUGGCUAAAAACAGACCUCCAUCUUCUGCUAGCUUGCUACCCAUGACUAGCUGUCUGAAUCACGAAGCUAGCACCAGUUAGCAAACACAAUUCUACAACUCACAACCUCUCUUUCGCCACCGCCAUCCGGCUUGGAUUCUCUGUCGACACGACCACGUCUGGUCUGCAGACAAAUACCCCAUCCGCUGUGCCCUCAACCGGCCUCCGUCUGAGCAGACCCCCUCCGUCUGAGCAGACCACCCCCCCGGGCUACUAACUUUAAACGCCGCGGGCUAGCUUAGUGGAGGCCUCACUGCUCCAUCUACGGCUGCUCCCUGGACACUAUGAUCACCCGGCUACAUAGCUGAUGCCUGCUUGACUGUCCAUUAAUUCACGGCUUGUUGUCCCACGUGCUUUCACAAACCAAUCCCCCUCCCCCUCGGCUCCAUCACUAUCACCAUGGCAACAGAGGAGAAGAAACCAGAAACUGAGGCCACUAAAACGUCAUCUGCAUCUGCCAGCCAGAGUAAGUCGGCACCAGUCAAGCCCAACUACACCCUGAAAUUCACCUUAGCCGGCCACACAAAAGCAGUUUCGUCUGUCAAGUUCAGUCCCAGUGGAGAGUGGCUCGCCAGUUCAUCUGCUGACAAACUGAUAAAAAUUUGGGGAGCUUACGAUGGAAAGUUUGAGAAAACAAUAUCGGGACACAAACUUGGGAUCUCAGAUGUCGCCUGGUCCUCAGACUCCAACCUCCUGGUUUCAGCAUCUGACGACAAGACUCUAAAGAUCUGGGACGUCAGCUCGGGGAAAUGUUUGAAGACGUUGAAAGGCCACAGCAACUAUGUCUUCUGCUGCAACUUUAAUCCGCAGUCCAAUCUCAUCGUGUCUGGAUCAUUUGACGAGAGCGUGCGGAUAUGGGAUGUUAAAACCGGCAAAUGCUUGAAGACCCUGCCGGCCCACUCUGACCCAGUCUCUGCAGUCCAUUUCAACAGAGAUGGCUCAUUGAUUGUGUCUAGCAGCUACGAUGGCCUCUGCCGAAUCUGGGACACAGCAUCGGGACAAUGUCUGAAAACACUAAUUGAUGACGACAACCCCCCGGUGUCUUUUGUGAAGUUCUCACCAAACGGAAAAUACAUUCUGGCUGCCACAUUGGACAACACCCUGAAGCUUUGGGAUUACAGCAAAGGAAAGUGCUUGAAAACAUACACCGGCCACAAAAACGAAAAGUACUGCAUAUUUGCAAAUUUCUCUGUCACCGGUGGAAAGUGGAUUGUCUCUGGCUCGGAGGACAACAUGGUGUACAUCUGGAACCUGCAGACCAAGGAGAUCGUACAGAAACUACAGGGCCAUACAGAUGUGGUGAUUUCUACUGCCUGCCACCCCACAGAGAACAUCAUUGCGUCUGCGGCGCUAGAAAACGACAAAACCAUCAAACUGUGGAGGAGCGACUGCUAAGCCCGUGCUUAUUGUAUUUUCAUUUUAUUGUACUUUUCAUUUGACUGUUUUUAGCUGGACCCGAAUGCCUUGAGGACUGAGCCUCAACUAGAAGAAGAAAAAGAACGCAAGUCCAGAACAUCACCACAACCACUACCCUUCAUCCAGAACCAGCGCAAACCCCAACUCAACCACAACCCUCUGCCUGGUCUUGCUUGUGCCCUUACAUGCUCUACUAUCUCUGCCUUACUCUUACUGUGAGCUGGAUGUUUGUGUUUCAUCAAUUGGAAUAUGAGAAUCACCUCAUGUCAUUCAUGAGGAAAAUGGUCACAUGGUAUCUUAUGCUUUACUCUCUGUGUAGGUGUCUUAGUAUUGAUACACGCUUUGUUUUUGCCAGAUUGGAUUGGCCUCAAGUAAGUUCUCCUAUUCACCAUGUAAGGUGUUUUUUCUUCAGACUAACAGACUGCUUCACUGUUUGGUGUCUGACAUUUCACUUUUAACAACUUUAAGUCUCAUUGAAAUGCAGUAGAUUAGUAGCCUGGACCCAGAUCUGUUUGUGUCAUGCCAAACAUGUUGGUGACAUGAUAGCACAAACAGAUCUGGGACCAGGCUAAUGGAUAAGUGGUAACUGUCAUAUUUCCAAUAUUCGUAAUUAAACAGUCAGUAUGAAGAGGAGUUGAAACAAAGCUUCAUACACGGGAGUGCUUGAGGGUCAUUUUGUUUUGUUGUAUUUAUUAUAAAACGAUCUAUUCAAAGCUCAGAAUGCAUUGAAGGGGUUAAAUACAGUUUUACAUACAAUCUAUUUCAACAAGGAAUUAAGUUUUGCCAGCAGUUUCUCAACCACUUCUCUACAAGUCACUUAAGUAACAGUUUCUCUAGUUUGGUAUCGACACUACGCUCGGACACAGCGAGCGCUGCCUUGCUUUGAACUCCUACAUACAACUAGGUGUAUUCUGAUUCUGUAUAAUACAUUGUUGGUGGUCAACUGAUCCCUCUAGAAUUCACAGGUGUAAACGGUGGGUUGAGAAGUAUAUCGACAAGAGCCUACAUUGAAGGGGCUCUUGCCUGUACUGUCAGUGCAUUUUACUGGUCUCAACUCAAUCCUUAUAUUCAAAGUAAUGUCAAUUGUGAGGAAAGAAAUUAACCCAGAGGCUGUUUUUGUUUUUCAUUUCAAUUAUUAUUUCAGAGAUGCAUCCAGUCCAUUGCCUUGCACUGUUCUUAUGUUGAUCCUGACUCGGUGUCUAGCUGUCAUUAUGUUAACACAACCUGGUUUAGAUUUCAAAGCACAGUGACCAAAUGCAAGUAUUUUUGUGCUCCCCAUUCUGUACAUACUGCUACAUCAACAUGUGUAUUGUUAAGACGAGCAAUAUGUUGGCUGUCUUUCUGUAUCGUUCUUGUUUAACUGUCUUGAUAGCUAGUAGUUCAAUACACAACAUGGACUUGUUUUACUGCUCUCCCUUCUGGAUGUUCAUUGCACUGCAGUGGUAUCAAGGACUGCAUGAAAUUCUGUGUCUGCAUUUAGUCAAUCUGGAUUUUGUGAAUUUGCAUUUGACAGCUAUACCUUGUGAAUUAAUAAAGAGCAUUUUUUAAGAUGUUAAA